AUGCAAGGAUUCGACUUCUUUCAUUUUACCGAAGCUAUCGAGAAAUGGGUGGAAGGAAAUUAUUGCUCGAUGCCGCCUCAUCUCAUAAAGAACAUGGAAUUGAUUGAACAGCUUAUCGGUAACAUGCUCUUCAAUCGGUCGAACGGUCUCCGCAUAUUCAAGUAUUACCGAGGAUUCGGGAACAUAAUCAACUAUCAAUACUUUACCGACAUAAAGUUGUACACCUCGUUUUCUCGUUCCCUGUCGAAACUAAAAACGUUUGAAUUCCAAGCGUUCAGCUAUCGUGACAACGAAUCUUUCGCCGCCUGGUCAAGUUUAUUUACGAGCAUCGCAAAUUCCACAAAGAGCAUAAAACAUUUGUCACUCUUCAUUCCGGCCAAGGCUCAUCACAACCAACAAUUGUGUCAAGCAUUGUCGCAAUUAAUUGUAUCACAGACAAACCUAUCAAGCCUGGUGAUCGACGAGCUAACCGCUCUAUUCAUUUAUGACACUCUCACGGUCAAAGCCCAAUACCUGACGUUCCUGAGGGUCACGUGGCUAAAGAAGUUCAAUCUUUUGCACCGUCUUCUACUGAGUUGCCCAAAUUUAGAGACUCUAGAAUUUUCGCAGGCCACGAACUUCGAGGAUGAGGUCUUCGACUCGACCCUUACCGCUCGUCUUCCUCUUAAAAAUCUUUACUGUGGUGACGAGAAACCCUCGCCACAAAUAAUCUCGAUGAUCCUUAAAAUGUCGAAUCAGAAUCUAAAGACUCUUUCACUGAAGAGCGUCACUUCGGAAAUUCUAGAUGCAAUAGAACAGUAUUGCCCCAAGAUCACUCACCUCUGCAUAAAAAUAACGGCUGCACAACUCCCUAGAUUCAUAACGUUACUCUCGGGAUUAGCACUUGAACACUUGGCAAUUGAGAAUUCCGAAGAACCCAAAUACACAAACGAAAAUGUCAAACUGUUGGCUCAAACGAUUCCCCUUUCCCUACGUUACUUCGGAAUAAAAUUUUCUGUUUCCAUACGUGACCUACAGAUUUUCUUUAAGGAGUGCGGCGCCUCGUUAAACGUGUUGGCUUUGUAUUAUUUACCGAAGAUGGAUGCGGAUACAUUGGAACAUAUAUUCAAGUACUCAAAGCACCUUCGGAGUUUGAAGGAGAUCAGAUUCGACAGAAAACACUUCAAGUACUAUCAAUCGUUACCACCACAGGAUGUGCAAAGAUUUCCGGCCUAUAAUUAUAAUGUCGGCGAGGCCAGACCGUUGGGUUAUAGAUUCUACG